UAUAUCGAGUUUGUCGCAGACCGUUUGUUAGUGUUACUAGGCACUGAUGAGGUGUACAAUACCACAAACCCAUUUGACUUCAUGGACAUGAUCUCACUACAGGGGAAGACCAACUUCCUUGAACAGCAUGUGUUGGAUUACUUGAAGGCAAACAUCAACCACAUGAACACUAAGACCAAUCAGGUGGCAAGUAAGUACUACAUUUAUGGUGCUAUGACCUUGUCUAACAAUCUUUUAUCUAAUAAUUCAACAGAUCCAGCACCAUAG